CUAAGUUUCAAGCGCAGCAGCAGAGAAAUAACUUUGAGAGAAAACUGAAAAAAAAAAGACGAGAGAAAAAGAGAGGAGAAAUUAUGGCCGCCGAUUUGCAAUUACCGCCGGGAUUUAGGUUUCAUCCAACGGACGACGAGCUUGUAACGCAUUAUCUGUGCCGUAAAUGUGCGUCGCAGCCGAUUUCUGUGCCGAUUAUUGCUGAAAUCGAUCUUUAUAAAUACAAUCCCUGGGAUUUGCCUGAAAGGGCUUUGUACGGAGAGAAAGAGUGGUAUUUCUUUUCUCCGAGGGACCGGAAGUAUCCGAACGGUUCGAGGCCGAACCGGUCGGCUGGGAGUGGGUAUUGGAAGGCGACCGGAGCUGAUAAACCGAUUGGGCGGCCGAAGCCGGCUGGGAUUAAGAAGGCUUUGGUGUUCUACUCAGGGAAAGCUCCCAAGGGUGAGAAAACCAAUUGGAUCAUGCACGAGUACCGGCUCGCUGACGUGGACCGGUCCGCUCGCAAGAAGAAUAGUCUGAGGCUAGACGAUUGGGUACUCUGCCGUAUAUACAACAAAAAGGGCGUAAUCGAGAAACAGCAACAGCACCACCACCUUCCAAUCAAUCAGCCGGAAAUGAGUACAAUCGGAUUCGUAGAAACCGAGGAACAGGAGGAAAAGCCGGAAAUUCUCAACGACGGGGCAGUUUCCGGCCGAAUUCCGUCGCAAGCUCCACCGUCAUCCGGCGUAGUGAACGAUUACAUGUACUUCGACGCAUCAGAUUCAAUUCCUCGUCUUCACGCCGACUCGAGCUGCUCGGAGCACGUGGUAUCGUCAGAGUUCACGUGCGAAGUCCAGAGUCAACCUAGAUUAAAAGAAGAGUACUCUGGAUUUCAGUACAAUUACAUGGACACUUCAUUGGAAAACGCCUUCUGUGCUCAAUUUCCGACUUUAAAUCUGAUGUCGCCAUUGCAGGAUAUGUUCAUGUUCAAGCCAUUUUGAAUUCGACAUGUCGAAUUUUCUUGUUCGAUUGUACGGUGGCUCGAGACGGUGGUCGAUGACUGUGCCGUGCGAUAAUUUGCGCAAUAAGCAAUUGCUGCUGUAAUGAUGAGAUCUGAAUCAACUCGGUGGCGGAAGCGGCGGCGCUGGCGACGGAGCCCCAGUUCGAGUUGAAAAUUGUCGCGAUGAGCUAUUUUAGCACGUGUAUUGUCGAUGUAUAUAUUUGUGUCAAACGUGCCAGUGAUUGGAGAAACGUUUUUAAUAUUGUUGCAAUUUGCUGACAAUUUUUUUCUCUAAAAUUAAAUUACUAGCACUUAAUCCUCAACUUGUAUUUCCUUUUUUCCUAAUAAAAAUGUAUUUCCUUUAUUGCCUUCA